AUGGCAGACCCAAUGGCAGACCAAGCUGAUCUAGCGACUGAUUCAUUGAAAGGGCGAAGAUCACGUAGACAGCGCUUGCGAGAAAGACUUUCGUCUGGGCUGUCAGCAACAGCUUCUGGUUUGUCCGCGACGUGGUCACGUGCGGCUUCAGAGUUCAGGCGGCCGCGAACUUCCUCAGGAGAGGGUGAACCUGGUGACCGUCCUGAGCCAGACCGUGCAGAGAAUGUGGAACUUGCACCGCGGGAUUCUCGUGAAGAUCCUGAGAAGAAAUGGCAAAAAAUGUGGGAAAGCAUAGCUUGUGAAGGAAACGAUGCAAUGUCUUUAGCCUGUGAGAGAUGGAGGCGAUCAUUGGCAGGUGAACGCAACACCUUCUGGUCUAAAUUGACAAUGAAAGUGAAUGAUUCCAUCCAUUCGACGGAUUCUCCACGAAAAGACUGGGAACGCGUAAGCAAAGCUGUACGAGCUGGAGUUCCUGAAAGUCUGAGAUGCGCAGUAUGGACAGCGUGUAGUGGUGCCAUGACCAAAAAGAAGGAAGCACUGACAGUGCUGAGUCUCGACCAGUCAGACGCCUUGGAAUUAUCCUACCACUUCUUUGUAAAACAAGGCUUGACGUUGAAGAACGAGGCAUCUGGAGUCAUUGAGGUCGAUGUUCCCCGAACUGGGUGCGAGGAAGCAUUGUUUGAACCUGUACGACGAGUCUUGUUGGCAUUUGCAGCAAAGAAUCCAGAGUUAGGCUAUUGCCAAUCCAUGAACUUCAUUGCUGCUGCCCUGCUGCGAUACUGUGACGAAGAAAGCGCUUUCUGGAUCCUGUGCAGUCUGCUUGAAGAUAUCCUGCCUGAAGGAUACUACACUCGGAAUAUGGUCGGCAUCCGCGUUGAUAUGUUAGUCCUCAACUCGCUGGUCAUGCGAUACUUGCCAAAUCUCCACAAGCACCUUUCUGAACACAAUGUAGAUUUAUCUCCCGUUUCCAUGAACUGGUUUCUUUGUUUGUACGUAAACACUCUUCCAGCAAAUGCACGCGAUAGAGUUCUGGACUGUCUGCUGCACGAAGGCUCCAAGGUGCUUUUCCGAGUUGCUCUCGCCUUGCUGCGUUUCAUGGAGCCAGCACUUCUCAGUGCCCACGGCGUGGCGGCGGUCUAUGACAUGCUGCGGAGUCCUGCCCUGGAGGACGACCUGGUGGAGAACAUGUACGGCUUUUGGCUCCAAGGCUUCUCCACUGACAUUCUCAUUCAGCUACGAGAUCAACACUUGGUCUUUGUGACUUCACAGGAUGCUGAGCUGGAGGCUCGAAGAGAACAACGGAGAUCCAGAGGUACUUCGAACACGUUGAACUCUGAUGGGUACAAAGAUUCCCAAGACUUAGGCACCGAAGGUGUUGAUGUGGUCGACAUCGAUGAGAACAGCGCCAUGGACAUCUCUGGCUCCUAUGGCGUCAACGUUUGUGGAUACGAGAAGUACAAGGAGUUCAUCGAAGAGGGUUGGACUACGGCCAAAAAGCAAGGGUUGUUCCUGGGAUCGUUGGACAAGACGGCCACGUCCUCAGAAAUAUAUGACAUGAGCAACCUCUCCCUCAAGGUGAUUGAGGCUAGGAGCAGCGAAAUUGCUGCGGUGCUCGUCAACCCCCUCCAGUGCUUUCACUUGAACCAGUCACCACCUAGUGAUCCUGUCCUUUCGUCGAACAAUCGCAAGGUAGGUCCAACGCCAGGCUACAAGGAGUGGCUGCAUCGCUUGCGUGAUACCUGCAAGCAAGGAGGAAUUCCUCUCAUUUUUGACGAGGUGUACACCGGCUUCCGGUUGCAUCCCAGAGGAGCCCAAGGGGCAUACGACGUGAAGGCAGAUAUUGUUUGCUACGGGAAGACCCUGGGCGGCGGCCUGCCUAUUGGUGUGGUCUGCGGACCGACAGAUUUGAUGGCUCGAGGCGAUGCCAAGAAGGCAGCUCGGGUCAAUUAUGUCAUCGGUACCUUUGCUGGCCAUCCAUUUGUCAUGGCUAGCAUGAACGCCUUCUUGAAGUGGUUGGAGCUACCAGAAACUAUAAAGUCGUAUGACGUGAUGCAUGUCAACAUUGACAAUUUCAUCAAGACAGCAAACGCUAAGUUCCAGGAGAAGGACUACCCCAUUCAGUUGACAAACUGGUUCUCAGUGUGGUCCAUUUUGUACACCAAACCCGGCCGAUACCACUGGCUUUUCCAGUAUUUCUUGAAGGAUGCAGGCGUCAGCCUCAGUUGGGUCGGCACAGGAAGGCUUCUUUUCUCCCUUGAGUGGAAGAAAGAAGACUAUGAUAGGCUGCUUGAACGAUUACUAUCUGCUUGCGAACAGAUGCAGAAGGGCGGCUGGUGGGAGGAGCCCAAGGCCAACAUCAAAGCGAAACUGGGUGUUGAAAUUGGCACAGCGGUCUUCAAAAACGUUCUUGGCCUGACGGGUUAAGCUCAUAGCCACAUAGUGUGGAGCUCCGAGACUUUGCAGGUCCAGCAGACUGAAUGGUACAGUCCAUGGCACAGUCCAUGGCGCAGUCCAAAGGACUCGAUUUUCCGCGCUUCGCUCAACAAGCGAAGUCUGCGAAACCAACUGCACCAGGCAGUUUUCGAUGUCAAGUCUGUUGAGAGCCACUGCAGGUGGCUCUCGACCCUCCAACGGCACUUGGACUCAAGCCACCAAAAGUCGGUUCCCUGCGCAAAGCUUGCAGCCAAAAG